UGCCCCAUCAUUGGUGUCAGAGCGAGGAAUCGUGCCCCAUCAUUGGUGUCAGUGGGAGGAAUAGCACCCCAUCAUUGGACAUCAUUGGUGUUCAGUGGGAGGAAUAGUGUCCCAUCAUUGGUGUCAGUGGGAGGAAUAGUGCCCCAUCAUUGGUGUCAGAGCGAGGAAUCGUGCCCCAUCAUUGGUGUCAGUGGGAGGAAUAGCACCCCAUCAUUG